AUGGAGGUGUGGAUGGCAACAACGGGGGGCGACGCCCCCGCUGGCUAUGGCAAACUGAUCGUCCUACUCAAUCUUGCAACACAAAAUGGCGCAUGGGUGGCGGAGCGACACAGAGACAGUGGCACAGAGACAGAGCGGCACAGAGACAGAGCGGCACAAAGACAGAGCGGCACAGAGACAGAGCGACACUGUGACAGAGCGGCACAGAGACAGAGCGGCACAGAGACAGAGCGGCACAGAGACAGAGCAACACAGAGACAGAGCAGCACAGAUGCACAGAGACAGAGCGACACAGAAACAGAGCGGCACAAAGACAGAGCGGCACAAAGACAGAGCGGCACAGAGACAGAGCAACACAGAGACAGAGCAACACAGAGACAGAGCAACACAGAGACAGAGCAGCACAGAUGCACAGAGACAGAGCGACACAGAAACAGAGCGGCACAAAGACAGAGCGGCACAAAGACAGAGCGACACAGAGACAGAGCGACACAGAAACAGAGCGACACAAAGACAGAGCGGCACAGAGACAGAGCAACACAGAGACAGAGCGGCACAGAGACAGAACAACACAGAGACAGAGCGGCACAGAGACAGAGCGGCACAGAGACAGAGCAACACAGAGACAGAGCAACACAGAGACAGAGCAACACAGAGACAGAGCAGCACAGAUGCACAGAGACAGAGCGACACAGAAACAGAGCGACACAGAAACAGAGCGGCACAGAGACAGAGCGGUACAGAGAAAGCGGCACAGAGACAGAGACAGAGCGACACAGAGAGCGCGAGCAGCACAGAGACAGAGAGUACGAAAGCGGCACAGAGACAGAGCGACACAGAGGCGAGCAGCACAGACAGAGCGGCACAGAGACAGAGCGGUACAGAGAAAGCGGCACAGAGACAGAGCGACACAGAGAGAGCAGCACAGAGAUUGAGCGGUACAGAGAAAGCGGCACAGAGACAGAGCAGCACAGAGACAGACCGGCACAGAGACAGACCGGCACAGAGACAGAGCGGUACAGAGAAAGCGGCACAGAGACAGAGCAGCACAGAGACAGAGCGACACAGAGACAGAGCGGCACAGAGACAGAGCGGUACAGAGAAAGCGGCACAGAGACAGAGCAGCACAGAGACAGAGCGGCACAGAGACAGAGAGACAGAGAAAGCGCACACAGAGACAGAGCGGCACAGAGACAGAGCGCAGACAGAGAGCACAGAGACAGAGCGGCACAGAGAGCGGCACAGAGACAGAACACAGAGCAACACAGAGACGACACAGAGACAGAGCAGCACAGAGACAGAGCAGCACAGAGACAGAGCGGCACAGAAACAGAGCAACACAGAGACAGAGCAACACAGAGACAGAGCAGCACAGAGACAGAGCGCACAGAGACAGAGCAGCACAGAGACAGAGCAACACAGAGACAGAGCACAGAGAUAGAGCGGCACAGAGACAGAGCAACACAGAGACAGAGCAGCACAGAGACAGAGAGCACAGAGACAGAGCAGCACAGACAGAGCAGCACAGAGACAGAGCAGCACAGAGACAGAGCAGCACAGAUACACAGAGACAGAGCGACACAGAAACAGAGCGACACAGAGACAGAGCGGCACAGAGACAGAGCAACACAGAGACAGAGCGGCACAGAGACAGAGCAACACAGAGACAGAGCAGCACAGAUACACAGAGACAGAGCGACACAGAAACAGAGCGACACAAAGACAGAGCGGCACAGAGACAGAGCAACACAGAGACAGAGCAACACAGAGACAGAGCAACACAGAUGCACAGAGACAGAGCGACACAGAAACAGAGCGGCACAGAGACAGAGCGGUACAGAGAAAGCGGCACAGAGACAGAGCGACACAGAGAGCGAGCAGCACAGAGACAGAGCGACACAGAGACAGAGCGGCACAGAGACAGAGCGGUACAGAGAAAGCGGCACAGAGACAGAGCGACACAGAGAGCGAGCAGCACAGAGACAGAGCGGCACAGAGACAGAGCGACACAGAGAGAGCAGCACAGAGAUUGAGCGGUACAGAGAAAGCGGCACAGAGACAGAGCGACACAGAGACAGAGCAGCACAGAGACAGACCGGCACAGAGACAGCGAGAAAGCGGCACAGAGACAGAGCAGCACAGAGACAGAGCGGCACAGAGACAGAGCAGCACAGAGAAAGCAGCACAGAGACAGAGCGGCACAGAGACAGAGCGGCACAAAGACAGAGCAGCACAGAAACACAGAGACAGAGCGGCACAGAGACAGAGCGGCACAGAGACAGAGCAACACAGAGACAGAGCAGCACAGAGACAGAGCAGCACAGAGACAGAGCAGCACAGAGACAGAGCGGCACAGAAACAGAGAGACAGAGCAACACAGAGACAGAGCAGCACAGAGACAGAGCAGCACAGAGACAGAGCGGCACAGAGACAGAGCGACACAGAGACAGAGCAGCACAGAGACAGAGCGGCACAGAGAGCAACACAGAGACAGAGCAGCACAGAGACAGAGCGGCACAGGGACAGAGCAGCACAGAUAGAGCAGCACAGAGACAGAGCAGCACAGAGACAGAGCAGCACAGAGACAGAGGAGCACAGAAACAUAUCAACACAGAGACAGAGCGGCAUAGAAACAGAGCAACACAGAGACAGAGCAGCACAGAGACAGAGCAACACAGAGACAGAGCAGCACAGAGACAGAGCAACACAGAGACAGAGCAGCACAGACAGAGCGGCACAGAGACAGAGCAGCACAGAGACAGAGCAGCACAGAGACAGAGCGGCACAGAGACAGAGCAACACAGAGACAGAGCGGCACAGAGACAGAGCAACACAGAGACAGAGCAGCACAGAGACAGAGCGGCACAGAGACAGAGCGGCACAAAGACAGAGCAGCACAGAGACAGAGCGGCACAGAGACAGAGCGGCACAGAGACAGAGCGACACAGAGACAGAGCAGCACAGAGACAGAGCGACACAGAGACAGAGCGACACAGAGACAGAGCGGCACAAAGACAGAGCAGCACAGAGACAGAGCGGCACAGAGACAGAGCGGCACAGAGACAGAGCAACACAGAGACAGAGCGACACAGACACAGAACAGCAUAG